AUGAAAAGGUUCGCUGCAAUCGCGUUUACCCAUGUAGCACCUGCACCACAAGUGGCGCAAACUGUGUAUUUCGAGAUGAGGACACGAGGCGCCGGCCACGCCUCAGAGAGUGAAAGAGAUGAGCUUUUGAAUGCUGAUGAGCAUGCUCUACCCCAUCCUCAACUCGACUUUGUAACUGUCGAUGGAGACUUUGACUACACCGGGUCUUCCCGGCGGUCUACUAUGAACAUGCGCAGUGAAUCGCCCGGCACAUCAUCCUUUUAUGGACCAACCAGUGUUUAUCCGAAAGAAAUUAUGACGCCUCCGUCAUUGCCGAAUGCAUCAUAUCAUACCCUCGAAAGAUGGCGGGAUGCACGGCUCCAUGAGAGCCUACGAUUCAAUCACGAAAACUUUACAAAAGCUCUGGUUUGCUUUUUCAAGUACCAGCACCCGCAGUGCAUGUAUAUUCAGCGUGGUGCCUUUUUACGAGACUACAAGAAUCUCGAUUAUAAUAGCAGAUACUGCUCUUAUCCAUUGCUAUACGCAGCAUGCUCGUUGGGCGCCAAGGUAUCCGGGGACUCGCAGUUAUAUCAGCAUGCGGACUUUUUCUCCCAUGUGUCAUACGAAAUGAUAAGUAAACGUAGUCUUGAAAGCCCACAUUUGACCAUGGUCCAGACGCUUUUGUGUUUGGCCUUUUCCGAGCUUAGCCAAGGGCGCAAUCCUAAAGGCUGGAUGCUAUCUGGUAUGGCGUUUCGAAUGGCACAAGAUUUGGGGCUACAUCAAGAUCCGAGAUUUGUGGCAAGUGAUGAUGACACUAAUAUUCAAGAUGCUCGAGAUCAAGAAAUUAGAAGACAUAUAUACUGGGGGUGUUACGCUAUGGACAAGAUGCAAGCCGAUGAUGACGACAAUACAACAGGAAUUCCAGACCUUGAUGAGAAUGUAGAACUCCACCAGCUGCUUUCAUCAUCGUUGCUACAGAUUGCAGAAUUAAGCAAAAUUAUUGAAAUUGUCCUGUCGCACGUUUUCUCCACCAAGAUGAUCAAGAAGUCGCGCAAAGAUCUGGUUAUGACACGGCUUGCGAGGCUAGAAGAGCUAAACCUGCGCCUCUUUCGAUGGCAUUCCGCAUUGCCCGAGAGUCUGACAUGGCACAAAUGGAUACAAAGGACAGACGACUUGCAUAGCAAUACACUCAUCAUGCACGUAUUAUACCAUAGUACGCUCAUCUCUCUGAAUCGACACUUUAUUCAGCCAACGCCCGGCUUUGCGCGCAGGAGCCAGUCUAAGGAGAUAUGCCUGUCAUCCAUAGACAAUAUCAUUGCUAUUCUGCGACACUAUCAGACCCAAUGCCCACUUUCGAGAGGCCCCAUAGUUCUUAUAUACGGCACAAUCAUGGCAGCUACUGCUCUGAUAUUCACAUACGAAAGUCCUACAACUCCGACAAGCAGCAAAGAAUCAGGAAAUUCGAAUGAUUCACCCCAGGAGCCCGAACUCGAUUAUCAGGUGACAGCUAUCAUAAAAAUGCUGGAAGAAGUUUCGCCAACAUACCCGCCAGCUCGCGAAGCGAGUCUGAGGCUCAAGGCAUAUUUUGGGGUUUCUUCUGUGCGGAAGGAUCGUCACCAAAAACAGCCAAUACAAGCUCUGCGAAACAGAUCCAUUGACGCCGGUUCAGCAGAAAUGCAAUAUUCAGAAAGUGCACUUGACGAACAGUACUGGUCUCAGGACCCGGUGGCAAUGUGGAGUUCGAUGGAUGCCGGUAUACUAAAUUUGAUGCCCAUGGACUGGCCGGGUGCAGAUGAUUAUGAACUUUUGAUAAUACGCCGUGGAAGGAGAAAAAGCGUACACGGAGUUCCUAGCCCGCUAUAUUUACUCACGGAAUCAGAACUCCGACGCGGCCUUCAACCAAAAAGUGUGUUACCUACAUUCGACACAGCAGCAAGAAUGGUGCCUUAUAGCCACGGACCAGCAUUUGACGAGGGGUUCCUAUCUGUGAGCUCGUUGCACGCACUGCAUUACGAACAGUACGGCAAAGUCGAUGGAAAACCAGCGCUUUUCCUCCACGGAGGUCCCGGGGGAAGUACAUCUCAAUCCAACACUAUAUACUUCAACCCCAGCGUCUACCGUGUUGUCCUCUUUGAUCAGCGGGGAGCCGGUCGAUCCACACCCAGUGCUGAGAUUCAAGAAAACACCACGCAGCAUCUCAUCCAAGACAUUGAAGCGCUACGCAAGCAUCUCCAGAUCGCCAAAUGGCACCUCGUCUUCGGAGGGUCUUGGGGCUCCGCGCUGGCUCUGCUCUAUGCCCAAGAAUACCCCCAAUAUGUUGGCUCGCUUGUUCUCCGGGGCAUUUGUACGGUUCGCAAAGCGGAACUUGAAUGGAGUAGGGGAAGUGCUGGCGCAGCGCGGAUCUACCCUGAUGCUUAUCAGAAGUUUCUAAGUUUCCUGUCAGGGGUUGAACGGGAAGAUCCCAUAAAGAGCUACUACAAGCAUCUGCUGUCUUCAGAUCGCGAUACAAGGGUUGCCGCGGCGCGGGAAUGGAAUCGGUGGGAUCUAACGAUUGGCAGUCUUGCGCCUAGCCACGAGGCCUUUAGUAAGUUGGACGACGAGAAAUGGUUGCUUACACAUGCAACACUCGAGGCGCAUUAUUUUGCACAUGGGGCUUGGAUAGAAGACGGGCAGAUUCUACGCCCACAGAAUGUGGACAAAAUCCGCCAUAUUCCUGCCACGCUAAUUCAAGGGCGCUACGAUAUUAUCUGCGCUCCAAGAACGGCGUGGGACUUACAUCAAGCGUGGCCGGAGUCGAGAUUGAUCUGGGUUGCAGCUGCAGGACACAGUGCGAAGGAGCCAGGAAUUGAGGAGAAAUUGAUUGAGGCGUGUGACGGGUACGCAGAUCUGGCUUUUUAUUGA